UGGCCCCCUGCGCAUUGCAAACGCGUUUAUCAUCGUUCGAACUUCAUCGAUGAACGCACACACAUAAUAGAGCCCCCAGAAUCAGGCGCAGGCGAAUUCGUUUUCACGCGAACACGUUUAUAGGUUACUUUAGUUAUAAGAUCGCGUUUUCCGUGCUCAGACGUGUACAGUUUCCACUCAUGUGUGUGUGUGUUAACAGUGAUAAAUAAUUUAUAUAAAUACAGCUGUGGUUUUCCCCAUAACGUCGCCAUACCAUCCUCGUCUGUACUUCUUGCGAUUCUGGGAGAUUAUAUCAGAGGAGCACGGCAUUGACCCUGUGGGGGUGUACCGCGGCACCAGCGACCUCCAGCUCGAGCGAAUCUCAGUCUACUACAAUGAGGCCUCUGUUGCGACGGCGGAGAACGGGGGCAAGUACGUCCCCCGCGCCAUCCUGCUCGACCUCGAGCCCGGCACCAUGGACGCCGUCCGCUCCGGCGUGUACGGCCAGCUCUUCCGCCCGGACAACUUCGUGUUCGGCCAGUCCGGCGCCGGCAACAACUGGGCCAAGGGACACUACACAGAGGGCGCAGAACUAGUCGACGCGGUGCUCGACGUCGUCCGCAAGGAGUGCGAGAACUGCGACUGCCUCCAGGGCUUCCAGCUCACGCACUCCCUCGGCGGCGGCACCGGCUCAGGCAUGGGCACCCUCCUCAUAUCUAAAAUCCGCGAAGAAUACCCCGACAGAAUUAUGAACACCUACUCAGUUGUACCGUCGCCCAAAGUGUCAGAUACAGUAGUAGAACCCUACAAUGCCGUCCUCUCCAUACACCAGCUCGUAGAAAACACAGACGAAACUUACUGCAUAGACAACGAGGCCCUCUACGACAUCUGCUACAGAACACUCAAAGUCCCCAACCCGACCUACGGCGACUUGAACCAUCUAGUCUCUCUCACCAUGUCCGGCGUUACCACGUGCCUGCGGUUCCCCGGCCAGCUGAAUGCGGAUCUCCGCAAGCUGGCGGUGAACAUGGUCCCGUUCCCGCGUCUCCACUUCUUCAUGCCCGGUUUCGCCCCCCUGACGUCUCGCGGCAGCCAGCAAUACCGAGCGCUGACGGUGCCCGAGCUGACGCAACAGAUGUUCGACGCCAAGAACAUGAUGGCGGCGUGCGACCCGCGCCACGGCCGCUACCUCACCGUGGCCGCCAUCUUCCGCGGACGCAUGUCCAUGAAGGAAGUCGACGAACAGAUGUUGUCGAUUCAGAACAAGAACAGCAGCUUCUUCGUCGAAUGGAUCCCGAAUAACGUGAAGACGGCGGUGUGCGACAUCCCUCCCAAGGGUUUGAAGAUGUCUUCGACUUUCAUCGGUAACACGACGGCUAUUCAGGAGUUGUUCAAGAGGAUAUCGGAGCAGUUCACAGCCAUGUUCAGACGUAAAGCCUUCUUGCAUUGGUACACCGGCGAGGGCAUGGACGAGAUGGAGUUCAAUGAAGCUGAGAGCAACGUCAAUGACCUGGUGUCCGAGUACCAGCAGUACCAGGAGGCGACGGCGGAGGACGACACGGAGUUUGACCAGGAGGACAUGGAAGAGCUGGCCCAAGAUGAGCAGCACGACUAACUUGCUUGGAGAGGUUACGUACUCAUCCUUUGUGAUAACAAUAAGUGCUGGUCAAAUAACGUGGAUAUUGUCUCUUUCAUUAGUAAUCAAUUUUCACACAGCUAGGUAAUUUUGAACAAAAGAAAGUUGCAUAUAAACAUCAUAAUCAUACGCUAAUCACUUUCUACCAAAUGUACAAUGUGUAAGCGAUUAUUUGUUUUAAUAUAAGGUCAUUUAAUAAAAGCAAUUAGUUGUGUGAAAAUUAUCUACUAAAUAAGUCAGGACAAACAGGUUUAGCUGGUAUAUAUUUAAAAUGUGCCGUCAACUUCAAAAAGGUGCAUGUUACGAAGUAGACCUUGAUAAUUACUUCUAUAAAUACAUAUUUUCUAAAAUAAUAUGAGAGGCUACACUUUGAUGAGUGCGUCUGUGCAGCAUUAAAAUUGUUCUACUUUAUCCAAAGCGUCCUAUUGCGCAUUCAAAAUUCGAUUUUAUUAUUAAUAGCGUUCGAUCUCGCACUAUUAUCCGUCAAUUAAGUGUGACGCGUCGUAAGAGUGCAAAAUGAUAAUAAUAAUAUUUUAUUAUAAUAUCGAAUACCUAGUAUUAUUUUUAUCGAAGUCUGUUUUUUAAAAAAAAAAGAAUUUUAAAUAGAUAAAGCUAAGAGUCAGAUUUUUUGUAGGAAACGUACCAAUCUGUGCAUUUCUUAGCUUAAGUUAUUGUAAUGUCUUGUAUGCUUUUUAUAUAUUAAUUUAUAAUUAAAUGUUUUUAACAAAAUUCAA